GGCUGGGGGGGCGCACACACGCUGCAGCACCACGCACCAGCACGCAUCAUUUCUAGCGGAGCCUGGCACUGAGACGCAGCGCUCACAUUUCUCUGUGAUACCGCUGAAACUUCUUAGACAGAGAACCGGGGACAGAUCCUUCUAGCUCGUCCCACUUAGUGGAUUAAAUUUACGCUCUCUCUUCUUUCUAUGCGUUUUUUCCCCUUUUUUCCCUCCUCCUCCUCCUCUUCCUCCUCCUCCUCCUCUGGUUUCGUGUUACAAAGCCUUGGGAGGGAGUUGCGCGUAUAGAGCCAGUUCUUCUGUGUAGAAACUGAAUGACAGGAUCAUAUGGCACGAUCUGCGUCUUAGUCCAAACAUUUUAAAUCAGAGAGAACGCGAGACAGGCGAGGAAGGGGAACCGCGGGUCGAGUCAUCAGAAACUGACGGGGAUGUGGAAUAAUUCUAACUCAAACUAAAAAAAAAAAAAACUACAAACGUGAGGUAACGGCGAGAGGAGAGGAGAGGAGAAGGAUAGCCUACGCUGCUGGAUCCGUCGGCAGAGGAACGGAAGAAGGCAGGACGCAGCGCCCGCGAUCAUCAGCACCAUCAGCGUAAAAACAAGAAAAAAAGCUGAACUGAGAAGAGACUAAAAGGAAAGCUCGGAGACACAAGAGGGAGGAGGCAAAUAACAAGUAAGAAAGCAGCCUGCCAGGACCUGGCCUUUUCCCUGAUCAACUGAUUGGUCCCUCCGUCCAUCACCGAGUGACAGAUCCUACCAAACGGGAGCCGAGGUGGCAGCCAUGGGUGGGACAGGGGUCUUACUCGUCGUGUUGUUGGUUGGAUGGGAGAAGUCAGCAGCUCUCACCUGGAACCCAGUCCCACGCAAGACCGUUAGAUACCAAGAUGGGCUGGACAGCAUGGCAAGGUUCAGCAUUCAGGGAGUGUUCAACUACAGCAUGCUGACUCUGUCUGACCACGAGAGGGUUCUGUACGUCGGAGCCCGUGAAGCGCUGUUCGCCCUGGACCCUAACGACAUCAGCAGGCAGCUCCGGCCGCAGAUCGACUGGCCGGCUCCGCAGGAUAAGAAAAGGGAGUGCGUUGCCAAGGGGAAGAACAACCAGACUGAGUGCUUCAACUACAUUCGUUUCCUGCAGAGCUACAACCACACGCACCUCUACACCUGCGGCACCUACGCCUUCCAGCCCAAAUGCAAUUACAUCAAAGCGGAUGAUUUUACCCUCAACACGGCGGCUCUGGAGGAUGGGAAGGGCAAAUGUCCAUAUGACCCUGCCAAGGGCCAUACCGGCCUCAUAGUGGAUAAGGAACUGUACUCAGCGACGCUCAACAACUUCCUGGGUACGGAGCCAGUUAUUCUGAGGAACCUGGGCCAGCAGCAUUACAGCAUGAAGAGCGAGUACUUGCCUGCGUGGCUCAAUGAGCCGGACUUCGUGGGUUCGGCCCUGGUCAGGGAGAGCAGCGGCAGCAAAGACGGCGACGACGACAAGAUCUACUUCUUCUUCAGCGAGCGCGCGCUGGAGCUGGACUGCGACACCGAGCUCACCGUGGCCAGAGUGGCCCGCGUCUGCAAGGGGGAUCUGGGUGGUACCAGGACCCUGCAGAAGAAGUGGACCACCUUCCAAAAAGCCCGCCUGGAGUGCUCCCUCCCGGAGCGCCACGUCUCCUUCAACAACCUGCGGGCCGUCUUCACCCUGCCAGGGCAGGACUGGCGGGGAACGACCUUCUACGGCAUCUUUCACGCUCAGUGGGGCGACGUGGACGUGUCCGCCGUGUGCCAGUACCAGAUCGCUGAUGUGAAGAAGGUGUUCGAGGGCUCCUACAAGGAGUACAGGGAGGCGUCCCAGAGAUGGGGGCGAUACACCGGCACCGUCCCCAGCCCCCGGCCCGGAUCGUGCAUAACUAACUCAGACAGGGAGAACGGCUACAACAGCUCUCUGCAGCUGCCUGACGCCACCCUCAACUUUGCCAAGAAACACCCACUGAUGGAGGACAAAGCUCUGGGUCGCCCCCUGCUGCUGGCCAAGGGCGUUAACUUCACCAAGCUGGCGGUGGACCGGGUCAGCGGCCUGGACCAGCGGGCGUACAACAUGCUCUUCAUCGGCACAGCUGAGGGCUGGCUGCAGAGGGUCGUCAUCCUGGGCUCUGAGACCCACGUGAUCGAGGAGAUCCAGCUGUUCGACUCGGCCCAGCCCGUGGACAGCCUGACCAUCUCCCACUCCAAGAAGUACUUGUACAUCGGCUCCCGCUCUGAGGUUCUCCAGCUGCCCUUGGCCAACUGCAGCCGCUAUCAGUCUCAGCCUGACUGCCUGCUCGCCAGGGACCCCUACUGCGCUUGGGACAACGAGGGCCGGGCCUGCGUCCGCAUCGACCUCCACCGAGGGUCCACUUCCUCCCUCUCCCAGGACUUGAUGCUGGACAGGUUCAACCGUGGGAAAGCCAAGUUUGAUAAACCUGUCUCCAUCCCGAGUCCUGAGCACUCCCGACUGAGAAAUGUAACGGUGGUCGUCGGGUCGGACAUGGUGCUGCCUUGCCAGCUUGUCUCGAACUUGGCCCAGCCUUUCUGGGUGGUCAACGACCGCGAGCUCCAGCUGGGUGACCCAGAAGCGGGAGGACCUCGCUUCGACCGCACCCUGAAAGCCCUCAUAAUCCCCGAAGCGGGCCAGAUGCAUGCGGGCCGCUACGUCUGCUACUCCGAGGAGCAGGGAGUCAAGUUUCAGACAGAGCGCUACCAGGUGACUGUCUAUGCCAGCGCCCCGGUUUUCAUGGAAGCCCGGGCCCCGGACAGCAGCAUGGGGCUCUUCUGGGUGCUGGUGAUCACUCUGGGAGCCGCGUGCCUUCUCCUGCUGGUGGCCGCCCUCUACCUGCGCAGGAGGCUGAAGCUGGCGCUGGGGAAGGGGGCCGACAUGAAGCCCCUGGAGAGCACCCUGGUCUACCCCAUCACCCUGCCCAAGGAGCCGCCCACCUUCGUGCCCAGCAAGAUGCCCAGCGACGAAGACCGCUUCUGGGAGACGGGCGCCAACUACUACUACUCAGACGGCUCGCUGAAGAUCGUUCCCGGCCACGCCCUGGGGCCCAGCAGCGUCACCAGCACGGCGUCGCCCAGCGCCAUUCCCGGCCAGCCCAUCCACUCCCCAAGCCGGCUCAGCCUCACCAACAUCCGAGGCUCCGGUAGCAACGGCUACAUCCGCCUCAACCUGAGCACAGCGGGGGAGGAGAGGGCUAGCGGGGCCAGUGUUGGGGGCGGCGCGCUGGGCGGGCUGGGCAUGGGCGUGGGCGGGAACGACUACUCCAGUCCCUUCAAGGAGGAGCUGAGGCGCACUCUGCAGCAGCGGAGCGUCCUGCCCGACGCCAACCCAGAGGAGUCCUCCGUCUAGGCCUUCCCCUUCCGCCGCGUUCAAUUCCCCCCCCCGAGGUGGAACAAGAAUCCAACCAAGCUACCUCCCUCCUUCCGAGGACGCCUGCUCUCUCUGUCUUUUAGUGACAUGCUGUCCACUCCCAUGCUCUCUGUCUCACUCUGCCAAUGCCUGUUUGGCUCUCUGUAGACUUCUAUUAGCACACAGCAUGUUCAGCGCACACACACACUCGUAUACCGUGUUUGCCAACAGUCGCUGUGUUUCGGGCAACACCGAGUCUCGGUUGUGACUGUCUCUGCUUCCACUGUGCGACUGCCACUCGUGUACAUUUUGUAUUUAAAAAAGAAAAAAAAGAUGAACGCAGAGCAGAGAGCCUCGAGCAUGGAGCCCCGACAAAUGAUGUUAUUUUUUCCUCUCUCAGAUGAGCCCAGCUCUUUUUACUUUGAGCUCAGGCCCCGUUCUGAGACCAUUUAACAACAAGGGCGACUAACUGGAAAUAUGUUUUUGUGUGUGUGUGUGUGCUUGUGCUCCUUGAGACUUUUUUCUGCUUAUUGCACUUAAAAAAAAACUGGAAGCCUGUCUUUCCUGGUUUUUUUGUACUCGUGAACCGAGAGUUAGAGAGAGCGGCUUUAAAAAAAAAAAAAAAGCGGACUAAUUAAUCUCCAAGCAAGAUGACAAUCAUGUCCCCGUGGCAGGAGCUCUGUGUGGGGCAGAAAGGAGACAAAAAGAGAAGAAAUUAGGCAGAAAAUGAAGUGAACAGGAGGAAAAGACAUAAGGGGGGGGAGUUUCUAAAUGAAGGACAAUCUCUCAAGACUUUUCUGCUCAAUUGAAACGUUUCCCUUGGCGUCACAUUUACUGCUGGAGGACUCAUUCGAUUUCUUCCACUCUUAAUUUAAUGUGAUGCUCGGUUUGAAUUAAGACAUUUCUCGUCCUUUGUUUUCUUGUUGUUCUGGGUUUUUUUUUCGGACUUAUGGACCACAGCAGUGUUCGAAGCGGAUUGUUAGUGACUAAUGGCUCACCUCUCUGAACGCCAGCGUGAGGGAGACCUGCUUAGCGUUGCGUUGCUCCUCGCUCGGCCCUGCGUGGCCACCUCCCGCUCCCCUCCGCUCCGGGAGUUCUCCGUGGGACGUCCUCUGGAGUCGCAGCGCGCAAAAGACGGGUGUUUUGGCGCGGACCUCUUGAACUCUCGUUCCCGUCUUUUGAGAAGAAAGAAAGCAGAGCGGAGCUUUGUGUUUUCGGCUCCUGGCAGCGGAACAAUGGUUGCAGAGUUAAUUGCAAACUGAAGCUGACAUGAAGACAUUCGGCGCAGAGAAUGUAGUUGAACCCUUAUUGUUGCGACGGCUGUGGAUGUCUCAGUAAGUGCUUUAUGCUUCUUCUUUUUUUUUUUCCCCUCCAUGUGUCUGAUGAGGGCGGUAACGCGCACUGCCAGGAAGGAAACUACCACUCCAACACAUACACACUCACACACAAAAGAUUAUUGUGGAACCCAGCCAUCCAGGGCUACGGAGCCAAUGUGAAGCGCCCUUAGUACCCACAGGACCCCACCCCACCCUUUUACCGAAGCCUAGAGACUGAUCCGGGGCUACUGUGGACCGAUACAGCGGAAGAACACUGAACACACACCUACACAACAAGAACUCACACAGUGUUACAGGAAGAAUGGACCGACAGACUGAUUACUGCCACGCAGAUAAACUACUGGCCCCAGGCAGAAAGAUGCCAUGAAGCAGUGAAAGUGUUUUUUCAUCGUGUAUUUUGUGGAUGUGCCUGUGGAGACCGGAGGAACGCCUAAAGGAACCGCAAAGCAGAGAACCGUGUGUUGUUCCCACUGUGUACAGUCCGAUGGGGGGGGGGGAGAAAAAUAAGUCAAAAGAAUCUUACGGCCGAGGAGGUCGUCAGCCAUCAGCGCUCCAUCCUACUGUUGCAUGAUCUUCUCUGCAAGUGGACUGCACAUCUUUGAUAUGAUCAUCCCUGUACAAAAGUGAAACAUUUUCAUCCCUUUUGGACUUUUUUUUCUCCAGGCUCUAAUAUUGUGCAACACUAAAGAUCUCUUGAUGGGACGAUCAAGAAAUCUGAAUUUUAUGCCUCAAGACUUGUACAGUAAACACAUGGCUGUAUUUCAACAUGUUUACUUUCUCUGUGCCUCUUCACCUUUCUGAAAGAAAAAAAAAAAGCCAAAGUAGACUGCAGUUGCUUUUGUUCCUCUUGGAAAUUCCUGAAUAAAUUUUAUUUGAUUCCAGAUCAAUAUUUUAAGUCUCAGCAAUCCGUCCACUUUGCUACACUGAGCUGAUGUCAGCAGCCUUCCUACAUAUUUUAUCUGCGGCUGAACUUCCCCUCAAGCAAAAGGCAAAAUGUGUCUGAAACUGAGGAAGCUGCUGUUUGUUUCCUGUUUACAUGUCAGAACUGAUCUCCUGGGCCCCAUCUAUGUUUUUUUUUUAAUCUUUCCUACAUUAAGAACGGCUGAAAUUGGAAUCCGUUUUCAGCCACUGAAAACCAAAUAGAAAGCUGCUGACUUGAAGCAAAUCAGUGACAAAAACUGCUUGCUUUAUUUUGAAUCUCCUGAGACAGAAAGCUAAAAUACAAAUUAGCUCUUUACACUGGUACUUUGGUUGUGUCUUAUAUUUCUCCUUCUUACAAUCAGGCUUGUUUUUUUCCCCCACUAUGUAAUGUUUUAAAAGAAAAUGACAAAGGAAACAGGUCUAAAGCUUGAAAACCAUGCAUGUGUAAUGUUCUUAAUGUGCUGUUCCUCAGCUCUCUAGCAUUUAGAUAUUUUCUCCCAAGAGGCUUUUGGUUCUGCUGUGUUCUUGCAUUAUUAUUAUUUGGAUUAUUUUGCCCCACUUUUUUGCUUGUUAUUGUUCUGUUUUUUUUUUUGUUUUUUUUUUAAAUAUCUUAAGUAACUUAUUUCACUUGUACAAACUUGUCAAUAUUUAUUAUCAUUGUACAUAUGUCCUUAUUUUUUAUAUGUGUAUAUAAAUACACAAAUAAAAAAAUAGACAUAC